AGAGAGAGGAGCACUCCUGAAAGAAGACGACGGGCUAGUCCCCGGGGUCCGGGCUGAGAUCUUGGCUCGAGGGCGCAACUGUCCGGCCCCAGGCAGCGUCGCCUCGGUGGCUUAGGAGACGGUUGCGCAAGGCGCGGGCCGGAGGCUCGGAAGAGGGAUGCGCGGGGCGUUGCCUUCGACCCGCCGCCGCCGCCCGAAGCCCCAGAAGAGCUGAGGGAGGCGACGCCGAAGCGCUGGCCCGCAGUGGCCCCGGCUGCAGCGCGGCCGGCGCAGUAGGGCACUCACUCGGUUUGUGGACCGACCCGGCUCCGGCGCCGCCAAUCUCCGUCCGGGGUCCACCCCCCAGGCCGGGCCUUGCUCCCGGCUCCCAGAUGAGCACCGAGGGCGGGCCUCCGCCACCCCCGCCGCGCCCGCCGCCUGCCCCACUCCGCCGCGCGUGCAGCCCGGCGCCCGGCGCGCUCCAGGCCGCCUUGAUGAGCCCGCCACCCGCCGCCACCCUGGAGUCCACCUCGUCGUCGUCCUCUUCAUCCUCUGCUUCCUGUGCCUCGUCUUCUUCCAACUCGGUCAGCGCCUCGGCGGGUGCUUGCAAGAGUGCGGCGAGCAGCGGCGGCACAGGCGCUGGGAGUGGGGGCACUAAGAAGGCGACCUCCGGGCUGCGACGGCCAGAGAAGCCUCCUUACUCGUACAUCGCGCUCAUCGUCAUGGCCAUACAGAGCUCGCCCAGCAAACGCCUGACGCUCAGCGAGAUCUACCAGUUCCUGCAGGCGCGCUUCCCUUUUUUCCGUGGCGCCUACCAGGGCUGGAAGAACUCUGUGCGCCACAACCUCUCGCUUAACGAAUGCUUCAUCAAGCUGCCCAAGGGCCUCGGGCGACCGGGCAAGGGCCACUACUGGACCAUCGACCCGGCCAGCGAGUUCAUGUUCGAGGAGGGUUCGUUCCGCCGGCGUCCGCGCGGCUUCAGGCGGAAGUGCCAGGCUCUCAAACCCAUGUACCAUCGCGUGGUGAGCGGCUUGGGCUUCGGGGCCUCGCUACUGCCCCAGGGCUUCGACUUCCAAGCGCCCCCGUCAGCGCCCCUGGGUUGCCACGGCCAGGGCGGCUAUGGUGGCCUCGACAUGAUGCCCGCAGGGUAUGAUACAGGGGCGGGUGCUCCGGGCCACGCGCACCCACACCACCUCCACCACCAUCACGUCCCCCACAUGUCGCCCAACCCGGGCUCCACCUAUAUGGCCAGCUGCCCGGUACCCGCAGGUCCUGCGGGCGUCGGUGCGGCAGCGGGUGGCGGCGGUGGCGGCGGUGACUAUGGGCCGGACAGCAGCAGCAGCCCUGUGCCCUCAUCCCCGGCCAUGGCAAGCGCCAUCGAGUGCCAUUCGCCCUAUACUAGCCCUGCGGCACAUUGGAGCUCGCCUGGCGCUUCACCUUACCUCAAGCAGCCGCCUGCCCUGACGCCAAGCAGUAAUCCCGCGGCCUCUGCUGGUCUGCAUCCCAGCAUGUCUUCCUACUCUUUGGAACAGAGCUACUUGCACCAGAACGCCCGGGAGGAUCUCUCAGUGGGACUGCCCCGUUACCAGCAUCACUCCACUCCAGUGUGUGACAGAAAAGAUUUCGUCCUCAAUUUCAAUGGCAUUUCUUCUUUCCACCCCUCCGCUAGUGGCUCUUAUUAUCACCAUCACCACCAGAGCGUGUGCCAAGAUAUUAAGCCCUGUGUUAUGUGAAUGAACAGAGGCCUUGAAGGCCGUUCUCCCUCUUCUGCCCUUUCCUCCUCUCCCCUCCGAGAGGGGCAGCUACAGACUCACACACUGUGCACGAGGAUAGCAGUAAGUAGCACACCCAUCACUUAGACAAAUACCCAGAGGAGUCCUGCUCACCGAUGUUUGCCACCCGUGGAAGAGGAAACCUUUCAAAGGGCAAUACCCCAGAAGAGGGACAGACAGAGGAGGUUACUCCAUGUAAGACAUAUGUUACUAUAUGGAAGACAUAAAACUUUUCAGUUCUGGGGUGGCCACUGCAUUCACUGAUCAGGGUCUGAAAAGGGAGGUGUGUGUGUGUGUGUGUGUGUGUGUGUGUGUGUGUGUGUGUGUGUGUGUGUGUUGGGUGUGCAUUUCAAACUUGUAGUGCUAAAAGCACAGCAUUUCAAGAAAGCCUCUAGUUCCCUGGCCCGGUAGGAGGUCUCUCCCACCCCCAGCCCCCCAACACUCCCUUCGGAUACAGGUGCCAAAGAACUUUGUGAAGAAAUGAAGAACCAAUCGUCUGGGUUAAGAAAGUGGCUCUCAGUAUUGCGACAGUACAACAUUUUUUACAAGGUUGUUUUUCUACCACCGUAUUUUUAAAGUAUUUUUAUGAUCUUCGUAUACUCACUUCGCUUGUAUUGUAAAAGGAGGGUAUAUUUGCACUUAUAUAUACUUUUACAGUUUGCCAAGAUAUUUUGAUGUAAGUUUCUUUUUUUUUUCAAUAAAACGUGUAUAAUGAGUAGUUGUUCUAGGGACCCUUUCCUCUGCAGACUCCCUUUCAUGGCCACACCCUCCAGGCAACAUUGCAACUCUAGGCUGCCCCCCCCAAGUUUUAUAACUGACAUGAUGUGAGGUUUCUGUUUUGAAUAAGCCAGGUCAGUCCUGAUGGUGGGCUUUCUCAGCGGAGAGGGCACAUCUAUUAUUUUUCUCUCUCUAGUUCACUCUCACUUUUUCUAGUCAAACAAAAACCAGAAGGUGAAAGGAACUUCAAGACAAAACAGCAAAAAAUAAAAAUAAAAUUAAAUUAAAAGUAAAACCAACAAAAGCAGGCAAAAUACUGAAAGCCGAGGGUUUGAUCUGAAGAAGCUUGAAUUUGGUGUUCUCUGUUGCCUUUCAUGAUGCCCAAGACUUCUGCCCUUUUGCUCCUUCCUCUCUCCCACUAGUACCAGGCGCUAGGCCAGAGUAAAGAAUGGCCACCGGAGCAUCCCCUGCAGGCUGCAGGCUGCAGGCUGCAGGCUGCUUUGGGUGGUGGUCAGAUCAAAGAGGAUUUAAAUUGCCCCCAACACACACACACACACACACACACACACACACACACACACACACACACACACACACACACGGGCUCCCACAGAUCGCACAGCUUCUGCUCUCUUUCUUGCCAUGUUUCCCAGCCCUGAAUGUUACCCACAGAACUGGCAGGACACAAGAUUACAAUGGGGAAACAGUCCAGUGAGGUGGAGGAUUCAUUUCCCACCCAGAACACACAUCUGUUGGGAGCAGAGCAAUGUUCACUUUUAAUCAUGUCGAAGUAAUUUUCUUAACUCAGGGAUGGAUUUUUGGUUUUGGUUUUUUUAAACUCUCUUUCCUUCCAAUCCACCACCAGGCACUUAUUGGUAACUCAGGAGAUGGGUAUUUUUCUCCCAAUUUCAAUGAAUCCUAACUGAGGUGUUCUCCUGAAUAAAACAUCUAGUUUCAAAACUCCUAGCUAUAUUCCUAAUCCUUAGGCCUCUCCUCUGUAAUUUUUUUAAAGUAUGGAAUUAAACACUUUUGUUUCUGUAUU